AUGUCCAAACCAACAACUGUGCAAAAUGUUGGUGGUGGAGGAGGUGCUCCAUUUUCAUUUACAGGUAAGAAGAACGGUGCCAAUUUAGAGAAGAUUGGGGUUUGGCUGGGAGAAUGGCAGGUGAAGGCUGUCAAGGUUUGGCUUUCAGAUGGCAGAAGUGAAACCUUUGGACAACCAGCCGGACCGUAUCAAGAGUAUGUGUUCAAGUCUGGUGAGUGUUUCACCUCACUGUCCCUGUGGGACAAUGGAGAAAACAGACGUCUUGGAGCCAUCAAAUUCAAGACCAACCAAGGUGGAGAAUUUUUUGCAAAAAUGACCAAAUACUCCCUACCAACAGAAUAUCCCAUGGAUGUCGGCUCUGGGUUUUGUCUGGGAGUUGAAGGAGGAGCUGGUGCAGAUAUUGACCGCAUAGGAUUCAUGUUUCUCAAUGCAGUUCAAACAACAGUUCUCACCAAUGUCAACUAUCCCACUCUCCACCAACUGUUACCACAGGUGUCAGUGGAAGAGAUCAAAUCCAUCGCUUACAAGAAUGAAACCUCCGCUAAUCAAACGCAAACAGUGGAAACUUCAAAGAAAGUGACCAAAAAAUCCUCAUGGUCCAUGAGUAACAGCUUUACAGCAACAUUUAGUGUGGAAGUGAAGGCAGGGAUUCCAGGGAUUGCAGACGUUUCUACAGGAUUCAGUGUCAGCGUUGGAUCAGAAAGCACUUACAGUCAUGAGUACACCGAUGAGAGAACCGAAACUCUGACCUUCCCUCUUGACGUGCCACCUAAAAAGAAAGUGGAUGUUGACAUCACCAUCGGCAGAGCCACGUUUGACCUGCCUUACACUGGCACACUGAUCAUCACUUGCAAGAACGGCAGUGUGUUAGAGUACGAAACCAAGGGCCAAUACAAAGGCGUCACUUACACUGAUAUCAAAGUGAAUACUAAAGAAUAUGAUCUGUAAUGU